AUGAAUAUUAUUAUAAUCAAUGAUUAUAUUCUAUUAAUUUAUUUAAUAUUAUGGAUUAAUGCUGAUGAAUUUCAUGUUGUUUCACCAGGACCAUGUUUACAAGAAGGUGAUGCCUAUUGUAUGAGACGUGUUGCUAAUAGUAUGUGUUCAUUAGAGAAAAAUGAAUGUUUUUGUAAACCUGGUUAUGUAUCAAUACAAGAAAGUUAUGGAAUUACUUGUAAAACAUUGUUAACCAAUUUAAAAUGUCAAGUGGAUAGUGACUGUAUACAUGUAGUGAAUAGUGCAUGUCAUCCAGGUGCAGGAUAUUGUGCUUGCCCAGGUGGUACAAUUUAUGUUUCUCAGGAUAAUGCAUGUCGACAGUCAGCAGAGAAUAAUCAAAAUCCAUUUUGUUUAAAAUGUCGACAAGCUAACGGUGUAUGUUAUCAUUAUACUUCUAAUCAAAUAUCAAAUUCAAAUGAAAUGAAACGAUAUAAACGUUAUGAAUAUAAAGAUCAUAAAUUAAUCCCUUUCAAUAGCCCUGUGGAUGUAAUAUUUAAAGAAAUUCUUCAGUAUUCUGAAAAUACAGAGACAUAUGGAUGCAGUUGUCCACAUAAUACUGGAAUGUUAGUUUCAUUUUCAAUGAAUGAUAUAACAACAAAUAUAAAUCAUAGUCAUUUACAAAAACCACAUCACUCAACAUCGUUUAAUAAACUUGAUGAAAAUAUAUCCUUGUCAACAUAUCAGCUUGUACAACAACAGUUUCCUAAAUGGUAUUUUUGUAAAGCAAUAAUGGUCGAUUUAUGGGAAUACUGUAACAAUAUUGAUUUAUUAUGUCGAACUAAAAAUGCACGUUGUAUCAGAACGGAUAAUGAAUUAGAUUUAAUUCAAUUUACAUGUCAAUGUAUACCUGGUUAUAUACCAGUUUAUCAAAAUCAUUUAGAUUAUCAUGAAUGUUUUCGUCAACUUGAAGGGAAUCAUUCCAGCUGUUCGUCAUGUAUUCAUUCAAAUGGAAAAUGUUAUACAAUGAAUGAACAAGACAUUGAAUCAUCGAUUGGUUGUUUAUGCCCAAAUAAUCUUCAAUCUAUGAUAACAUCUUCAACACAGACUAAUGUAAUACAACAUACUAAUAAUAAUAAUCCUAUUGAUAGUAAUAAUGAUGAGAUCAUAAACAAUAAUGAUAAUGAUAAUCAUUUACAGAAUCAUUAUAAAUCUAUGCUAUCACAAACAACAAUAAUGGAAUAUGAAGUAUGCGGAGAAAAUUUAGUACAUGUAUUUUGUCAACGACAUUUAUUAGAAAUUUGUUUUUUACCAAUGAAUCAAUCACCAUAUGAAAAUUUAGCUGAAAAUUUACAAUUACAUCAUUCCAUUGCAUUUAUUACAAAUUUAACAAUCUAUCAAAAAUUGAUUAAUACAUGUAUAUUAAAUAUAAAAAAUUCUGAAUCAACAAAUAUACCAUGUGGUCUUAGUAUUACUGAAUAUAUAACUGGUGAUUUGUAUACUGUUGAUCUCUUGUUUCAAUUUACAUGUAAAACUAAUAAUGAUGUACCGCAUCGGGUACCUGGACAAGUUUUCGAAAGAAAUAUUAAAGUUCAUAGACAAGAUCUACUUGAUGAUUCACCAUGGCCCAAACUUGAUGUUAAAUUUACUGUGAAAGAUGAAAAUGGACAAUCAGUACAAACAAUAUUAGAGUCAACACCAAUCAGAUUUGAAGCUGAAUUGAUUGAUGAACUAAAUGUUUACAAAGCUAUUACUGUUGAAGAAUGUUAUAUGAUAGACAGGAUAAAAUCUGGUCAAAGAAAUGAAGAUUCAAAAGAAACUCUUUUAUUAUACAAAGGUUGUCCAAUGUUCAAAUCAAAUUUAAACAAUCAAUCAAUAAUUGGAUUUAAUUUUCAAACGAAUCAAUAUGACAAUGAAAAAGUAUUAAUAUUUCAACCGGAUAAUAAUAAUAAUAAUUUAUAUCAAUUACAAACUGGUUUAUUUCAUCUUUAUUUAAAUAAACAAUCAAUAAUUGAUUUAGAUAUAACACAAUCAAUCAAUAAAACAAUCAAAAUGAUAAAACCAAAUAUCGAAAAAAUCAAUACAAGUAAAAUCAAUAAAAAUGUUACAAUGAUUAAUAAUAAAUCAAUGAAAUUAAUAAAUAAACCAAUGAAUUUAUUGGAUGACAUAUAUAAAGAAAAAUUAAAUGAAAUUGGAUAUAGAAUACAUGAAUUAAAAUUUACUUGUAUAUUUCGUAUAUGUAAACAAUUAGCAUGGUGUUCAUGGCCUUCCGCGUGCGAUUCAACUAUAUCAAGUUUGAAUAAUCCUCGAAUAACAUUUCUGCCACCAAGUCUACGAAUUAUACAACGUUCCAUACCAUUAUAUUUAAUUGAAAGUAUUCCAAGUAGUCAGUUACCAGUGAAAAAACAAGUUACAUCAAGAAUUUGUGGAGAAUUAUAUUGUUCAAAUACAUUACAUAUAUUAUUAAUGAUGAGUUUAGUUGGUAUAUUAACUUGUUUAAUGGGUGUAAUGGGUAUGUUAUUAGCACGUAAAUAUCGUCAUCAUUUAAAUCAAACAAGAAAUUCAUUAAUACAAUCAAAAUCAAUAACAAUCAAACAAAAUCAUUGUACAGAAAUAGAUAAAAAUUAUUAUAAUCCAAUUAAACAAUCAUCCAUAUCACAAUAUAUAAUUGAUAAACCACAAUGUCAAUCAGAUCAACAAAUAGAUAAUGAAAUAUUCAAAAGUCUUUUAACAGUUGAUAAUCAUAUUACGAAUAAUAAUAAUAAUAAUACUAGUAGUGUUAGUAAUACUAGUAGUAGUAGUAAUAGUAAUAGUAGUAAUAAUAAUAAUCAACCAUAUACAAUGGAUAUUAAAGAUUGUUGUAAAUAUUGGUUAAAUGAACAUUCAUAUGCUAAUCCUUUAUUAUUACAAAGAUCUUUACCUCAUGAUCUACCAUUGCACCAACAUCAUCAUCGUCAUCAUCAUCAUCAACAACAACAACAACAACAACAACAACAACUUUAUCAGCAACAUCAACUUUAUCAUUCACAAUGUCAACAACAUCAACAACCAUCACAAUAUCAAUUACAACAUUAUCAAAUUUCACCAUCAUCUACAAUGGCUACUCCAAGUCAUUGUUCAUGUUUAAAUGAAACAUUAUUUACUGAUAAUAAAAUAAUACAAAAUUUAUCUAAUUAUUAUACAUUAAAAGGUUAUACUACAUUACCAAUAACUACAUCGAAUACAUUUACAUCAUUUAAAUCAAUAGAAAAUUCUAGACAAAAUGAUGAUUAUCCAGUGUUGAAUAGAACAACAACAGCGUUUAUAUUGGAACCAACACAUACAAUGAUAAGUAGUAUUAAUAGUAGUAAUACAACAACAACAACUACUAGCACUGUCACUACUAUUAGUAAUAAUGAUACUCAUAAUUAUGGAAAUAACAAUAAUAUGAGUAUAAGCACUAUGAGUAAUAUUCAUGAAUCCAUUACAUCAUCAUAUUCAACAACAAAUAUAAGUAGUAAUAAUGAUAAUUCAGUAAUAUAUUGUUCAGAUCAAUUAACAGAUUCUUAUCCCCAUUCUUCAAUUCAACUCCAAGAUGAUGUAAUACUAUUUCAAAACAAUAAUAAUAAUAAUAAUAAUUCAACUAAUGAACUAAAUAAUAAUCAAUGGUGUACAAUAAAAAAUGUACAAUUUAUAAAUAAUAAAUCGAAUCAUUUAUCAUUACAAUCUCAAUAUAAAAAAUUAUCUACAUUUGAUGAUACUAUUUAUUUUGGUAUAGAUUAUCAUAAUCCUAAUUGUACAAUAAAUCCAGUAAUAGAAACAAUACAAUUAGAUACAAAUGAAUUACAACAUAAUCAAAUACAAUCACAAUUUAUACAACAAUCAUUGAAAUAAUAAUUAAAAAAAAAAUGACAAUAUAACAGAAAAACGAAUUAUUAAUUCUGUUAGAAUGAAAAAUAUAAAUCUGCUCAUCAGUUUAUACUUAUAUUUCAUUAAUCUUCAGCUAUUAUUACUCAUACAUUUAACUAACAUGUACAUAAAUGACAAAGAAACUAACAUCAUCAAUUCAGUGUAUACUUUAAAAUGACACAGUAAAGUUUGUUAUAGUACAUGAUUAUGCUCAUUUUAUAAAUUGUACAUGAUAUAUACAUAUUACUUAAAUAUUUAUAAGGAAGUAGCUAAUAUACAGUUGUAAUAUAUAUUGAACUUUUAAGGAGUACAUUUUAAAACACAAAUCUUUAAUGAGUAUUUACAAGAACAAGCAAACAAACAGAACAGAACAGAAUAGUUUUCCUAAUUAAUGGUUGUGCACUAAUUUUGAUAAUUAUUUAUAUAAUCAAAUUAAUGAGAAAUAUUCUACACCAAUACAUAGAUACACGUACAUAGGGACAUUUUGUAUACAUAUACACACAUUUACACAUAGGUGCACACACACACACACAAACACAUGCACAAAUCUAUCUCGUUUGCACUAAAUUUGUUAUGACUUUACUUUCUUUCAAAAGAAGGAGAAAAAAAGAGAGGAAAGAAUACGAACUUAAGGAAUAACAUAAGGUAAUCUUUAUAAGGUUCUGUUUAGUUGGAAUAUCGGUUAAACAAAGGAAACCAUACAUUGUAAUCUAAAUUGCAAAAAUGUCAUUUGUAAUAUUUUACAUUUGAGAAAAGAAUGAUAAACUUUGAUUUGGGAUUUUAUUUGUGUUGAUCUUUCUUCAAGUUUAGGAGCACUGUUUGUUUUGUUUCGUUUUCUUUUUUAAAGAAAAAAAUAUGUAACUUUUACUAAACGUCCUUUCGGUUUCUUUUUUAUAUGCGAACUGUAUACAACAUCCUUACUGAACGUUAUUACUAUGAAAAUUGGGGAUAAUAUUAUUUGAUUGUGCAAGGAGAAUGUUACGUCCUUGAUCUGUCUACCCACUUUUAGUGCUGAGGAUAACUUGUCUAAUCUGGAUUAAGACAUUGACUCGAUAGGCUGACCGGCUUAACAAUGAGGCUAGAACGCGUGAGUUUGAAGUGGGGUAGAAAGAAGAAAACUAUUUUAUCACCUGAUUGGCUGAGAAGUAUGCUAGUGAGAGAGAACAAGUCAACUGGAACACUACUCGAUUUAUUCUCAAUUCCGAUCUGGUUCCCGAUCCUCCGAUUUCAGAUUAGUGGAAAAGGGUCCAUAAAUAAAUAGAUGACUAACCCGACUAUAACGUACAAUAAUUAGGAAAAUACAAUUAUGUCCAAAACUGGAGAUUGGCGUAGAAAAUAGAGUACAA